UGAAAACAGCUUAUCGGGAGAAGUUCCCCAAAGCAUAGGAAAACUUAGUUCCUUAACUUCACUAGGACUUGGUGCAAACAGCUUUAGUGGUUCAAUUGAAGGAUGGGUUGAAAAUCUAAAAGGCCUUCAAGCAUUAAAUCUCAUAGCAAACAGCUUCAGCGGACCAAUCCCAUCCUCUAUUGGCAACCUUACUCAGCUGGUAUAUCUUUAUCUAAGUCAAAAUGAAUUUGAGGGCCUCAUACCAGCUAGCUUGGGAAACUUUCCGCUCCAUGAGCUAGAUCUUAGCCACAAUAAUCUUCAAGGGUAUAUACCACCGAACUUCGGAAACCUCCAAGAGCUCACAACUUUGUACCUCAGUAAUAACAAUCUCCAAGGUGACGUGCCUCAGAUUAGUAACCUUAAACAACUCACUACCUUAGAUCUUUCGUCAAAUAAGCUUACUGGGGAAAUUCCUGGUUCUUUGGGAGAGUGUUAUGGUUUAAUCAAUUUGCGGAUGGACCAAAACUUCCUGAACGGACACAUCCCAUUAACUUUUGGCAACCUCUCGUUGCUGACUAUGCUAAACCUUUCACACAACAACUUGUCAGGUACCAUCCCUUUUGCUCUAAACAGACUAGAGUCCCUCAACAAUCUUGACCUUUCAUAUAAUAACCUUGAAGGAGAAAUACCAACACAUGGAGUAUUCGAAAAUGCUACAGCUGUUUCACUUGAGAAUAAUUUGGGGCUCUGCGGAGGUGCAGUGAAUCUCCACAUGGAUUCAUGCAAAACCGUUUCCAAGAAUGCAAAGAGACGGUCCAAUUUGAUUAAAGUGUUGAUCCCGAUAUUCGGCUUCAUGUCACUUAUAUUGGUGGUCUACCUUGUACUCCUAGAGAAGAAGAUGCGAAGAAGGACAAAUGACACAUCGUCUUCUCUAGAGGAGAAUUUUCUCAAGGUUAAUUAUGCAGAUCUAGCUCAAGCCACAACAAACUUCUCGGAAUCUAACCUUGUUGGAAAAGGAGGUUAUGGCUCAGUGUAUAGAGGAAAGUUGAAGGAAUCUAAGGUGGAAGUAGCUAUUAAGGUUUUUGAUCUUGAGAUGCAUGGAGCAGAGAAAAGCUUUCUGAAAGAAUGUGAGGCACUGAGAAGCAUUCAGCAUAGAAAUCUUCUUCCCAUCAUAACUGCUUGCUCGACGGUAGAUAAUACCGGCAAUGUUUUUAAAGCCUUAGUUUAUGAGUUCAUGCCCAAUGGGAACCUGGACACAUGGCUGCAUCACAGAGAAGACGGGAAAGCACAUAAGCAUUUAAGCUUAGCUCAAAGAUUAAGCAUAGCUGUUAAUAUGGCUGAUGCAUUGGACUAUUUACACUUCGAUUGCGGAAGACCCACUAUCCAUUGUGAUCUGAAGCCCAGCAAUAUUCUUCUAGAUGAUGAUAUGAAUGCUCUUCUGGGGGACUUUGGCAUUGCUAGUCUCUACCAAGAUUCCUGGUCAACAUCAACUGGUCCAUUAAGUUCAUCAUCAGUCGGUGUGAAGGGUACUAUAGGAUAUAUUGCUCCAGAAUAUGCGGGAGGUGGCCACCGUGUAUCGACAUCUGGAGAUGUUUACGGAUUUGGGAUAAUACUGCUGGAAAUGAUGACUGGAAAAAGACCAAUUGAUGCUACGUUCAAGGAUGGAGUUACCAUUGUCGACUUUGUGGCUAGCGAAUUUCCACAUGAAAUACUUCGUAUAGUUGAUGCUAAUCUUGGCGAAGAAUGCAAGAACAUUUCUGAAGCAAAUAAGGCUUCGGAAAAUCCUGUUCAAGAAUGCUUGAUAUCAGUUCUACAACUAGCACUUUCCUGUACUCAUCCAGUACCUAGCCAACGAAUGAACAUGAAAGAGAUAGCCAGCAAAAUUCACGCAAUUAAUAGAUCAUACGUGGGACGGAAAUCACAGGAACUUGUGAGCUAGAGUGACUUGGAACGGGCUACAUGAAACAUUGUAUUCACUUAUUAUGUGUACGGUGGUCAAUUCACUAAAACAGGAUACUACGUGUAUAGAAUAUCUAUGUAUAGCAUAUAUUCACUUA